GGAAUUUCUGUCUUUAAUGGAGUUACCUGGGGUAUGUUACACAAGCCAACUGUGAUAUAAUGGCGGCAAAUUGGACUCCACUUCCGGCGUAGCAUCAAACAUCAAUAUGGAAAACACUGCAGACGUAAAAAUUAACGCAAAGAAACAAGCAGAGAAACGGCUAUCGAAGCCUCAUGAAAAAAGAAGCUCGUCGUUAACUGUUGAUUGUCUGAUGGAGUCAGAAAUGAGGAAUAAACCUUUUAUUGACGAUGAUUCGGAAACGGUUUUAAACGUAGCAGUAAAAAGACCAAGUUUUGACAUAACCGGAUCCCAAACAUAUAUACGAGCUUGUAAAAUGCAACACGUUGUUCCUUCAUCAAAACUUGCAAAACAGCUAGCCGAAGGAAAUACAAUUUUAAACUUGCCAUAUUAUGGACUAGCAGAGGGAGGGACAAUGGCUUUGUCUAUAGCGAUGUUAGUGAAUACUUCAGUGACGUGUCUGUAUCUUCGAGGGAACAAUAUUGGUCAAAAGGGUAUAUCUUAUAUACAGAAAAUGAUGGUCGAAAACAACAGUAUUACAGAUCUUGAUUUGUCAGAAAACGAAUUAAAAGAAUUUGGCGCAAAAACCAUAGCAACGAUGUUGGAUACCAACCGAUUUAUUCAAAAGAUAGAUAUCUCAGGAAACGAGUUCACUGAUUCGGAUGCACGAGUUUUGUCACGGUCAAUAGAAGUACAUCCAGUUCUAGAAUUUGUCAACUUAAGUCAUAAUUUAUUUAGUGAUUCAUCUAGUCCGGUAUUUGAACAGUUAUUGGAAAAUUGUAAACUGAAAUACCUUGACAUCAGUUGGAACCAAUUUAGGACUCAUGGUGCUUUGCAUAUUUCAUCUGGAUUAAAGGAGAAUGCCUAUUUGAAGACAUUUAAUGUUUCGUGGAACGGAUUUGAUGAUGAUGGAGGGGCUGCAUUUGGGGAUGCAUUGGCUAAUAAUGGAUUCCUUACAGAACUUGAUAUCUCAUCUUGCCGAAUAACUGCGGAAGGAUUUGGUAAACUUAUGUGUGGUUUGAAAUCUAAUGAAAGACUAGAAAUUCUUAAGGUUGGAGGAAACUACAUACCAAAGGAAGCAAUAGAAACUUCUUUAGAUUUUUUAGUCACAUUUGAUCCAUCAACAACGAAAAUUAGGAUAAUUGACUUAACGGGGUUACAUUUACCGCGAUCAUUUGAUCAGAAAAUGCAUGAAGUACGGCAGGUUUUACCCAUGUUAAAGAUAAAACCUGGUUGUGAAGAAAGUGUGAAAGGAUCUCGGACUAAACCAGUUUAUGUGGACAGUGCAACGGAGGGUUUGAUUGCCAUAAAACAAUACUUAGAAGACAAAAGUAUAUCGGUUUUCAAGCUUUUCCGGGAAUUCGACGAUGACAAUAGUGAUUCUAUAGAUUACAACGAAUUUAAGCGAGGACUUCAGGCAGCAGAAAUACCACUUCCUAGUUCAAAAGUAGAUAAAUUACUGCAACACUUAGAUUCAGAUCACAAUGGUGAAAUAGAACUUGCAGAGCUUGCCACAAAACUAAGAGGUUUAUCUGAAAAACUCAUCCGAAGUAAAACCGUGAGUUAGCAAAUAAGAAAUACCCCGGAGAAACCAUUUAUGAAGUGCAAUAAUAUACUUGAAGCAACCUUUAUGUCAAACAACGGAUUAUUUGUACAUGGAGAAAGUAUAGAUUAGAUUUAAUUCAGAAAUCUAACCAACUUUUCCUAGACCAAUUGAUGUAGCAAUGCAAUUCAAGAUAACCUUAUUGUGUUCUAUGUAAACACAAGUUUUCACUCAUCCAGAUCUAGAUGAUAGCUUUGUUUCGACUUUAAAAUUAGAAAGCAUUCACAGUUUGACGAAUAUCGAUAAACAAAAGAGGUGAUCACAUGACCACGAGAUGUUAUGGUAUUUCUUCUGACUUUUAAGGGUCAAAACAUCAAGGGACAUAUUUUUACAUCAUUACAAACUGUUUGGACUAUAACUAGUAGUAAUAGAUGCAUAAGAAUUUGUGAAAACAACAAUAUAAAGAUAGUGUUAUUAAUCAUGGAUUAUAAUUCCAGGCAUCUUAAUUUAGAUACAUUUGAUCGUUAAAAUAUUCACUACAAUCCAGUUGCAUUAGAAAUGGUACCUACACGGAGACGAGCAUAUUAUCAAAACUUCUUCCAGAUUACCAAGUUCAUUUUCUCAUUCGUUUUCAUGUGCAGCUGGUAAACGGGAUUUGUUAACAACUGGUUUAAAGGUAUACGUUAUAGGUGUUUGUACCAGCAAUAUAAUUGUUGGACCUGACUGUAGAACUAUACCCAUAAAGAUGAAUAUGGUAAAGGUAUUUCCGUAAAUUCUUUACACAGAAAUAUGUUGCGUUGUGUUGUAUUGUUCUGUCAUGCCUUGUUUUUGUUCAAAUCAUAUUGUAUUGUAUUGUUUUUGUAUUAUAUUGUUUAUGUAUUGUAUUAUCAUUGAAAAUUAUAUUUUUUGUGCUAAAUCAUGUACAUUUAAAAUAAGGACAUUACACUAUUGUUUCAUGUAGGGUGAAGGUUGGCGCCUAUUAAAACGUUUAAACCCGC